AUGUUGACACGAUUUGCAACAGGCAUAUCCGCCUGCGGAAGGGCUUCCUGCUCACGAACAUUGACUACAACCGCAGCAGCAGCCGCACCGCCACGUAGGGCGAUCCCAAAACCUCAAGCUGCAGUGUCGGAUCCAGCCUCGUUCCUCAGCUCCAUCUCCCGCCCACGUCGCGAUCUCGCCUCGAACUCGUCACUCACAUCUGCCAUUGGCGAGCAAUGGUCCAACAUCUUCACCAUCCGUUCGAACCAGCUCAAAGCAGCAGGCAUAACAACAAAGGAUAGGCGAUUCUUCCUGUGGGCGAGAGAAAAGUUCCGACAAGGUGCCAACCCAGACGUAUUUGUGAUUGAUGCAAAGCCGAAGAAAAAGGUUCGAGGAUGGGGCGCAAGGGUGCAGACGUCUGAAAGGAUCCGUGUGCGCGGUGUGAGAAGGCCUGGCGAGAAGUAA